UCCUCAUACUUGUUCGCUGUUUAGCUAGUUGCCUGUUUGAUAGCCUCGGCGUUAGCUGUCAGAUCGUCAUUGCAUCUUGCCAACGUCUUAACGUUUAGCAAGCUAACCUUAGUUACUUCAUCUCUCGAAACUACCUGUCCAGCUGAUAGACCGUAGAGUUCGACACAGGACCAUGGACACUGGCAAACUGGUGAAGAAGCUGGAAGAGGCUGGCCAGUCUCAUCUCCUGCAGUUCUGGGAUGAUCUGAGCCCAGAGGAACAAGCCGAGAUGAUCAGUGAUCUGGAAAGCAUGGACUUCAAUGAGAUCAAUGGCUUUUUCAAGAACGCCAUGGAGGUGUCCAGCCACAGCAAGCAGGAGAGUGUGGACAGCAGAAUGGAGCCAGUACCCAGAGAAGUGCUGGGGAGUGUCACCCGUGACAGAGAGCUGCUCAAAGGGUGGGAAAAAGAAGGUCUCCUUCAUAUUUCUCAAAGCAAGGUGGCUGUUCUUCUUCUGGCUGGCGGUCAGGGGACCAGGCUGGGAGUUUCAUACCCCAAAGGAAUGUAUGAUGUUGGACUGCCGUCCCACAAAACCCUCUUUCAGAUUCAGGCGGAGCGGAUCCUGAAGCUAGAACAACUUGCUGCACAGCAACGCACGUGUUGUAUACCCUGGUACAUAAUGACCAGUGGCCGAACAAUGGAAUCUACCAAAGAGUUCUUUUCCCAGCACAAUUACUUUGGCCUGAGCAAGGAAAAUGUCAUAUUCUUCCAACAAGGCAUGCUACCAGCCAUGGACUACAAUGGGAAAAUUAUCCUGGAAAGUAAAGGCAAACUCGCCAUGGCACCAGAUGGAAAUGGAGGUCUGUACAGAGCACUGGGGAAUCAGAAGAUUGUGGAAGAUAUGGAGCAGAGAGGGAUUGCGUACCUUCAUGUGUACUGUGUGGACAAUAUCCUAGUGAAGGUUGCGGACCCCACGUUCAUUGGUUUCUGUGUACAGAAAGGAGCGGACUGCGGAGCAAAGGUUGUGGAGAAGACCAACCCUACAGAGGCAGUAGGUGUGGUCUGUAAGGUGGACGGGCGAUACCAGGUGGUGGAGUACAGCGAGAUUACCCUGGCAACCGCUGAAAAGCGCAGCGCAGAUGGCCGGCUAAUGUUCAAUGCGGGAAACGUGGCCAACCACUUCUUCACACUGACCUUUCUCAAAGACGUUGUUAACAUUUAUGAACCCCAGUUGCAGCACCAUGUUGCACAGAAGAAAAUCCCUUUCGUGAACACACAAGGACAGUUAAUCAAGCCGGACAAACCAAAUGGGAUUAAAAUGGAAAAAUUUGUCUUCGACAUCUUCCAGUUUGCCAAGAAGUUUGUGGUGUACGAGGUCUUGAGGGAGGACGAGUUCUCGCCCCUGAAGAACGCUGACAGCCAGGACGGGAAGGACAACCCCACCACCGCCCGCCACGCCCUCAUGUCACUGCACCACCGCUGGGUCCUGAACGCCGGCGGGCACUUCGUCGACGAGAACGGCACCAGGGUGCCCGCCAUCCCCAGAAAUGGACCUGCAGGGAGUGUCACACCUGAUGUCAACCAGAACCUGAAGGAUGGAACUGACCUACCAAUCAAAUGUGAGAUCUCUCCACUGGUCUCAUAUGGAGGGGAAGGCCUGGAGAAGCUGGUGCAAGACCGCGAGCUUCGCCCGAACUUGAUAAUCGACCUGAGAGGUGUUCAUGAGCUGGUGAAGAACGGAAUAUGAAGAGGAUGAAGAGGAUGACCAAAGACCCAGUGAAACAUUCCCUCUCUCCAUCUCUUUGCCUUCCUCCUGAGGGGGAAAACUGUGAUCUUCUUGUGCAAUAAAAUGAAGGAAGGAAGCCUCCUCUGGCUGAUUGAAUGAUGCGGUUUAAAGAUCAAGCUAUUUAUUUUGCUAAGACUUAUUUUUGUAUCGAUGUAGAAUGGUGAAAUUAGCUUCUCCUUCAUUUUAAAGAGUAAUUUGUACAUAAACAUUUGGCAUAGGUACGGUGGUUUUAAUAAAAUAAGAUUCUAAUUAUUAACAUAUUUAAUCAAGACACGUCAGAAAGUUAUUUAAUAUACCAGGGCAAAUCUCAAAUAUUAAUAUUCUGUCAAAUCUGCCUCAGUUUAUAAUGCUUGGCACUGUUUUUGUUUCGGGCUUUUGCUUUGUUUUUUCAUUUAAUUUGUAAAACUGUCCUUUUGGAACAACGAUGAGAUGAUUUUCAUUAAACGGACAAAUAACUUCUCCCAGUGAA